AUGGCAGUUUCGGAGCUGGAACCCGAGGACACGAGCAGGAACAUCGUGGAGAUCAUCUUCCAGUCGAGCUGGCUGAGGAAGCAGGCGCCGGUCUGCAGGAUCGAGCGGAUUCUCAAGGUGCAGAGCAGCGACAGGACCGUGAAAAGGUUCGAGCAGUACAAGGAGAGCAUCAGGGAGAGAGCGAGCAGCGAUGAGGGUAAGAAGAACCCUCGGUGCGUCGCCGACGGCAACGAGCUGCUCAGGUUCCACUGCACCACCUUCACCUGCUCCCUCGGCCUCGCCGGCAGCACCGCGCUGUGCCGGGCGCCGUCGUCAGCGCAGUGCAACCUGUGCAGCAUCAUCAGGGACGGUUUCAGGGUUGAUGGUGAUGGGAAGAUUGCGACAAUGGCGACGAGCAGGCGUGCUCACGACAUGGCUCAGGUGCUGUCGGACAGCGACAAGAGGGCAAUGCUCGUGUGCAGAGUCGUUGCAGGGAGGGUGCACAAGGCCAGUGACGAGAAGUCUUUAGAGGACGACUGUGACUUUGACUCUGUCAGCCCCAGCACGGAAGGGGUGUACUCAGAUUUGGAUGAACUGUUUGUGUUCAAUCCUAGAGCUAUACUGCCCUGCUUUGUAGUCAUAUACAGUGGCUAUUAA